AUAUGUUUUCUUAAACAACAAAUAAAUCUUUACAAAUCCAAAUUCACUGGAAAUUUAUUAGGAAAGUAAUUCAGUAGUUUCACUCUUUCACAUGUGUAAACUUCUCAAACAAACGUAUCACUUAUGUAUGAGUUUUCCCGAUGGAUAUAAUACUAGUCAAAGUAGUAAUGCUGAUUUAGUCCGACUCUGGAUCUGCAACGGAGGAGAUCUCCAUCGGAAUGGCACGGAGAUCGCAGAUCUGGUUGCUCAGGCUAGUUUACCUGUUGCUUUUGGGAACAGUGAUAUAUCCCGUGGUCCUGGGCAUCCAAUCCUCGCAAUCCCUGGCCCUUCUGCAGGCGAGGGAGCAAUGUGGUCGGAAACUGAAUCCCAGCCAGCGUUUCCAGCUGGACAGGAUGCAGUUCGAGGAUGCUCCGCAUGUGCGUCACUACCUCCACUGCUUCUGGUCGCGGCUGCAACUUUGGCAGGAUGCCACCGGGUUUCAGGCCCACCGGAUCGUCCAGAGCUUCGGGGGCGAACGGAUCCUCAACGUGGAGCAGGCCCUGCCCGCCAUUAAUGGAUGCAAUGCGAAGACGAGGAGGAGGGCAUCAGGAUCAGGAUCAGGAUCUGGAUCUAGAUUGGUAACUGGAUUGGUUGCUGGCUCCCAGGCAGUGGAAGAGUGGUGUUUCCGGGCUUUUGUUUGUGUGCUGAGAACUCCAGUUGGUGAAUGGUACAAACGUCACAUGUCCGAUGUUAUCAAUGGAAAUGCCUAAAAGCAGGGCCGGAGAAACAGUUUUGAGUGGGGUGAUGAACUCACAAAUUUUCAAUAUAUUUUUUAAAAGCUAUUUUAAUAA